UUUAAACACUAUUUUUAGAGUGUAGCAAUUGUCUAGCUCCUCCUUAGAGGUUCUUUACAUACACAUAAACACACAUGCAACAGCUUUGUACACCAUAACUGCAAACAGGCAACAUCAUCUCCUCUGAUUCCAGCUGAAAUCCACAAACUUUGCUUAAAUGACCAGCCAGGUGAUCUCAACUGACUACGCUACAGUUCUUAUCCAAAUAAAUCCACAGAUAGGUCAAGACAACGCUGAACAACAAGAUGAGAAAACAACUAAUCACAAUACGCUUCUUAAGGGGUUUCUUAAAGUACAACCAAAGACAUUGGGGACUGUCCAGAUAAUGAUUGGUGUGGUGUUUUUCUUAUUUGGCUUUGGGCUCACUACCGAUGAUCAAAUGAAUUUCAGAUUUUUUGAAAUAAUUUACAACAGUGGCAUAACCCGCUGGGGAUCCCUCAUUUACAUCACUGCUGGUUCUCUGUCUGUUGGUGCGGAAAAUAAACGCCAUCCCUGUUUGGUGAAAGCUUCUCUUGGAAUGAACGUAUUCAGUGCCGUAACUGCAGGGAUAGCCAUUCUUAUGUUGUCUGUACAUUUAGCAGAUUCACCUCCCUGUAUAUUUGAUUGUCCCUUGCGAGAAAUGAAGUGGCCCACUGGAACAGCGCUGGUGUUCUCCAUCCUCCAGUUAAUCAUCUCUAUCUGCAUCUCGGCUUUUGCCUGCAAAACCACCUGCUGCACAAAUCAUACAGUGGUCAAUGUUUCAUUUAACCAGUCCCUCCUUCAGAAAUCCGUAACGAGUUCUGAUUGUGUAGCUGAUCCAGUGUGUUAUGAUUCGACAGCAGUUUAGCCUUGCUGGUGACGGGCAUAUUCCUGUGGGCGGAGACCAUCUAAAUUUACAAGACUCCAUUAACUCAACAUCUGAGUCCUCGGUGGGAAAGAAGACCAACAAAAACAAGCCCAGCAGCAAAAAUAACAAAAAAAUGUGCAACUUUAUUUUCAUGACUUUUUAUUUGAAAUGAAAGUUAAAAGUUUUGACUUAUUUGACUUGUUGUUAAUAUGAUUUAAAUAAGUUGUUUUUAAAAAUAAAGCUCACAGAGUCAAGGUUCUGAAUCUUUAUUGU